AUGAUGACCCAGCGGAAAGCUCACAUUUCCUUUGGCCUUCUCUUCCAAUUGGCCUGCUCCUUUGUGUAUGGCUUCCCUGCUGAUUCUGGAACUGAAUUCCGGUCUGCCUUCUCGGUUGCUAGGACCAGCAGCAUGGAGGGAAGCACUGAGAUGGUGAUCACCUUUGAUAAAGUCUAUGUAAACAUAGGGGAUGACUUUGACCCCAAAGCUGGACUCUUUCGAUGUCGUAUCCCUGGAGCCUAUUACUUCUCUUUCACUGUUGGAAAGUACCCUAAGAAAAAUUUAUCAGUCAUGCUAAUGAGAAAUAAGAAUGAAGUGCAAGCAAUUGUAUAUGAUGAACAUCACCGUAAAGAGCGAAAAGUGGCCAGCCAGAGUGCCAUGCUGCAAUUGGACUAUGGUGACACUGUGUGGCUACGUUUACAUGGGGAUCCAAAGUACGCCCUGUAUAGCAAUGUGGGCCCCUAUACAACUUUCAAUGGGUAUCUCAUUUAUCCAGACACCUCUAGCUAUUUUCAGAAUGCAGUAGGAUCCCCAGAGCUAGGAAAAGAACCUUCACGGCCUCCCUCUCAUGUCAUUCAGCAGCUUUCCAUCAACCAAAACCAAGUCUCAGAAAGACUCCUGCUUUCUGAUGAGCCAGUUAGACCACAGGAUCCUCGCUCUGCGUUUUCAGCUGCCCGUUCUGAAAGCCUCCUAGGAUCGGAUGAAAAGCAAACCCAGCAUGAGCCAAUCACAUUUGAUACAGAGUUUGUGAAUAUUGGGAACGACUUCAAUUUUUCAAAUGGCAUCUUUACGUGCCGUGUUCCAGGUGCCUACUAUUUCUCAUUUACCAUUGGCAAGAUGCCUUUCAAAACAAUGUCAGUAAAACUGAUGAAGAACCACAACGAAGUUCAGGCUAUGAUCUACGAUGAUAACCACUCCAAAAGGCGAGAGAUGCAGAGCCAGAGCAUUAUGCUUCCUUUACAAUCUGGUGACACUGUCUGGCUCUACAGUCACCAGCAUGAUGGCUAUGGUGCCUAUAGCAAUCAUGGCAAAUACAUAACCUUCACUGGCUUCCUCGUCUAUCCAGAGACUAAGACAAAAUCCCCUUCAGAUUCCAACAUGUCUCCAGGGUCAAAUCUCUAAAUGUGCAUAUACAACAGGCAUAAGAGCAGUCAAGAUGCCGCAAACUCUUGUGCAGGUCCUGGACAAAUGUCACUCUUCAUAUGACAAGUUGCAAGCAUGCUAUUAUACGUCCAGUGCAUUCCUUAUGGACAUGUUCCUUGUGUUUCCUGCCUGCAGAGCCAUUGUUGUUUCUCUCAUUCAUCCAUAAAAUGACAUUCAUGAGUAGGUGUGUUUUCUUCAUUAUUACUGUUAGACUUAAGCCUAAAGCAUGAGACAGUUCAGGGAGUAAAAAUAAUAGGCGGAG